GAAUGGUUACUUUAAUUUAGUUUUCUCUUUAUGAAUUUGCGGUUCUUAAUCUCAUUUAUUAAACCAGUCAGUCAUGUGUUAGUGAUGUCAUUUCCCAAGUAAACAGAGACUGUCAAAUAGUGAAAGUAGGAAGAAAGCCAUUUAAAUUAACAGGAUGCCUAUCCUUUUUUGUACUGUGGCACGGGGGACAACAGUCCUGGCUAAAUAUGCCAGUUGUGCAGGAAACUUCACGGAAGUAACAGAACAAAUUCUUGCAAAAAUACCACCUGAUAAUUCCAAGCUUACAUACUCACAUGGAAGUUAUUUAUUUCAUUAUAUCUGCGAGGACCGAAUUGUUUACCUUUGUAUAACAGAUGAUGAUUAUGAAAGGGCAAAGGCAUUUACAUUCCUGACAGAAAUUAAGAGGAAAUUCCAGAUGCAGUAUGGUGUGAGGGCACAGACAGCAUUACCUUAUGCAAUGAACAGUGAGUUCAGCAGAGUAAUGGCCACACAAAUGAGAGUUUCCUCCGAUAUUAACAAAUCAUCAGACAAAUUGGAAAAUGCCAAAGGUCAAGUGGAAGAAUUGAAAGGAAUAAUGGUCAGAAAUAUAGAUCAGAUAGCAGAUAGAGGUGAAAGAUUAGAAUUGUUGGUGGACAAAUCAGAAGAUCUAAGUGCCAAUGCUAUCACUUUUAAGAAAACCAGCCGAAAUUUGGCACGUUCUUUGUGGUGGAAAAAUAUAAAAAUAACCAUUAUAAUUGCUGUAAUUAUAAUUGUUGUUAUUUACUUUAUUGUAUCAGCGGCAUGUGGAGGAUUGGAUUGGCCAUGCACGAGGAAAUGAUGAUACAGUAUUGGUGUAUAGCAGGAAAAUGUACAAAGUGAUUCAAUAUUACACACAGCAUCCUAUGUUAACACUUGUGAUAACAGUAUUCUGUUCCCUUAGUACUCUUUAUCAACUCGAAAAGGCUGACAUCUUGACAAAAAUGUCUUUAAUCUUUAAUAUGCUCUAUAUUUCACAGACUUGUCCGUCUUUCAAUACUGACAAAACCAUUCAUCAUUGAUAGUGAAAGUUUCAAAAUAUAAGUUAACUGGAUAGCAAACUGGGCAGAUCAUGAUCAGAUGGCACAGAUGUGCAGGCUGAUAUUGGUCUGAACUGCUUGCAUGGAAAUGUCAGUUGCUGCAAGCAGGCAAAGGGUGACAUUCUUUAUAUUCAUUUUGCUGUUUUAAUUUUCACUGAUAAGUAAUCUUCAUGAAUUACAAUGUGUGUUCUUGAACAGUUUCUUUAGAGUCGGUGUAUAUUUAAGAAUGAAAUUUGAAUAUUUACUUAUUUAGCAUAAUUAUGUUUCUAAACCAGCUUGAGUCAAAAUUGACUAGCCUUUGCCACACCAGCCUGUGUUAUAUGUCAGGCCAGCCUGUGCAUCUUUCAGUCUAGCCUUUAGAUCUGUCAGUCAAGCCUGCAAAUUUGUCAGUCCAACCUGAACAUCUGUCAGUUUGGCCUGUACACCUUUCACUCCGUCUUGUACAUUUCUCAGUCUGGCUUGUACAUUUAUCAGUCUGGCUUGUACAUCUGCCAGCCUGGCCUGUACAUCUGCCAGUCCGGCUUGUGCAUCUGUCAGUCUGACCUGUACAUCUGUCAGGCUAGUCUGUACAUCUGUCUGGCCAUCAUGUACAUCAGUGAGGUCAGUCUGCUCUGUACUUAAUGUUGCUGGGUUGUUGUAUUUGUUUUGUUGAAAUCCCCUAAAAAUUCAAAUGGACUGUUCAAGGACAAAUCUAUUGCACAAAUUUCUUUAGAACACAAUUGUUCAAGGACAGGGUCUGGACUAAUAAAAUACAUAAUAACCAAGUAAUUGUGAAUACUUGAAAAAGCUAUGAACCAAAGUGUUAGCUCACAGCUGGUUUAAUAUAAUUUUACAAAUUAAAUUCAAAUUCCAUUUAUUUGACCUUGGCAGUCAAGGUCAGUUAAAUGUCAAGGUAACAUUAAUUAAAAAAAAAUCAUCAUGAUUGUUUUAUCAUAUAUGUUUAUUUGUCUGAGAAUAAAUCUAAUCAAUUCAACAAAGUAAAGACACAUUAAGCUUAAAACAUAAGUAGUCAUCAACCAAAAUAUUAGCGUGGAAUUGUUGUUUUUGUAACUUGUGAAAAUUUCUUAAUGUUGAAGAAUUGAUAAAUAUCGAAACUUUCAAUUUUUGUAAAAUUGGAAUUACAUGUAGUUUGAAAGUUUGUAUCUGUUAUUUUGUGAAAUGCUUCCAUGUGUAUAGAAAUAUUAAUGUAUAAACUGUUAUAGAGUUACUGCCAUGUUUUUUUAUAAGACAUGAGUACUAGAUAUGAAAAACAUUAUUAAACAUUAUAUAUUGGAAAAGCACCUGCCACAAUCAAAACUCUUACUAUGGCAUACAUUUGUGUAUAUAUUUGUGAUACAAAGUAUUUUAAAACAAACAAAUUAACAAAAAAAACAUCUAGAUAGACCAUUUCAUCAUUUAUUUAUUUUAUUUUUUUCUAUUCACUUUGUUAUUAUUGUCACUUUUUUAUGUCAAAUCUUGUAGGUCAGUAAUAUAAAUACUUGCUUUCAUUGUUAGCAGUCAGAAAAGAAAAAAAACCUCAAUAAUUUGUAUGUAAUCAUGUUAUGAAAACAUUGCUGAGGUAAUACCGAUAUAUUUGUGGAAGAAUAAGUCGAGAUAACUGAUAUUUAAUUAAUCUCUCACUAUGCUAGGUGUCUAGAGAAUGUUUAAAUAUUAUUUUUGUUCAGGUUGAUUUCCAAUCAAGAUUUCACCAGCUCAAAUCAAAAUUUGUUCCAUUUUAUACAUAACUACUAAACCAUUUAUAUCACGCUGAUGAUGUGGCCAUGCAAACAAGCACUUUGAUUAGUGUUUGGUAGUGGUGGUGUAGAGGGAGGAGAUGGGGCAAGACAUCUUUCAAAACUUGUAACUUCAUCUACCAGUACUUUUCCAUUUACACAACUGAGCUAUAUAGGUCAAUACUCCUAUGUCCAAAACUUAAAUCUUACUGCUAGUUGCAAUCAUAUCGGACCCUCGCCACAAGUAUAGAGUCAGGCCAGUCUUCAUUUCUGGACUGCUGUUGACCGCUUCAUUUUUCUGAUACAAAAAAACACGAGCAUUGUUAAGUACUAACAAAGGUAUGUAAUUUGUACAAAUUAACUGGCAGCAAAUAUAAAAGUGAAAUGAAAGAAUUCAGGCAUCCAUGAUAUGUAUUUAAAUUUAUCUUACUCUUAUACUAUUAUAUUUUCAGAAAAGUACAUUGUAGCUCUUUUUACUGAUUUAUGUAAACAAUAAUUUACCAUAUUACAUUAAAAAAAAAAAAGACACAAAGUUUAGAAUUUAGAAGUUAUAGUAGAGGUGAAAGUAUUUAAUUCUGAGCUUUUCUACAGUCUGGAGCAACUGAUUGGUUCAUAUUAAGCUUGUAUUGAAAAACCGGUCAAUGUUAAAAGAUUUUUACAAAUGUCAGUUACAUAAUUAUACCCUCAAUAGUUUUUACCUGAGUAAUCAUUUCAUUGGACAUUUUGUUGUACUGUAUACAGGUGAAGCAUUGACAUUAAAUUAGGAGAAAAAACCUCUUUGAAAUGCAAACUGACAACACAUUUAUAUAGCAUUGUCUAAAAUGGGUGGGGAGAUGGUUUGUGCUGUGUCCACCUACAUCUCCAGUUUUUAUAAAAAAUACAUCUUCAAUACUGCUGCAUCAGUAAAUUAUAGAGUCCCAAGCCCAUAUUUGUAGUAUGAUAUUUACAAAAAGUGUGUUGUUUUUGUGUGUGUAUAAAAUGUUGCUUAAGCAUAUUUUAUUUGCAUACAGUUUGCAAGGCAGUUUAAUAUUUUGAGAUGUCUAUUUUUGUUUGUUUAUUAACGUGUAAGGCUAUGAUGGUAUUUGAGUCAUGCAAUUAGUGUAUUUGUAUACAUAUAAUAUUGUUGUAUUCAGCCCUUAUAGCAGAGAGGUCAUGGUUGGUGACUUCAAAACCACAGCAUCUUUUCAACCAAUAUAGAGUGUGUCAAAGAUAAAUUAUGAUAUAAGCUUCCAUGCAAAAUUUUGUAGACAUGUAUGUAGCACUUGUUUUCCUUCAAAACUGAUAAAUAUUUAAGUGUGUUUAUAUGUACAUGUAUUGUUAUUUUAAUGUGAAAAUGGAAAUCAUUUUCACAUCAGGUUAUUGUGUACAUUAAAUUGCUGUAAGAUAUCACAAAAGGUCAAGGCCACUGGUUUAAGGCUAAGGUCACUAGUUAAAGGCCAAGGCCACCAGUUUAAGGCGAGGCCGGUAUGUGUUUCUGAAUACUGUUUGAAUGUACUAACUUAUAGAGCUCUUCAAUUUCUAGGUUAUACUUUGUAAAUAUAUAUUUUUUUCUUGAUUAUUAUCUAUUGUAUAUAAUUUAAAAAACUUGUAUAUGUGUAAUCAGAAUUCAAACAUCAAAACUAUUGCCAUUUGAUAAACACAUUGUGCUUAUGUCUUUUAUUUAAUAAAAUCACUUUAUUAAUAUGUUA